CCGCCGCGGUAGUUAGAUCCUUUUCCUUCGCGGUUUUAAAGAAAAUGCAUCUCCUCUCAGAGGAAAUUGUGAUCUUGUGAAAACCUACACCUGUAUUAUACAGUCGCUAUCAGACCAUAAAUGUACGUACACAAACGUAGGGAGAUAUAGAAAAGGGGACAGCGAAACGGUGGAAGGUGGUGUGGUUAGUAAAGGCCCAGCAGCCCCAUUCAUCCUGCUGCAGCUGACGUUUCAUAUUGAGGCACAUAGCAUUUAGAUCAAAUUUAAUCUCAGAAAUGCCUGGGAUGAUGGAUAAAAGCUCAGAUUAUUUGGGGAAGGGACGGUCAAAUGGGACUAAAAGUCCGUCCAGUGCCUCUAACGGACAUUUUUCUGACGAGAGCGGCAGCGACGACGAACACGAUAUUGGAAUGCGGGUUGGAACUGAUUAUCAAGCUAACAUUCCAGAAUUUGAGCCCGAUUCUGUCAAGUAUACGGAAAAAGACAGUGGGGGAAUGUUGGUAUGGUCUCCAUAUCACUUCAUUAUUGAUUCUAAAUUGGACGAAUAUAUUUCUAUUGCCAAGGAGAAACAUGGCUACAAUGUGGAGCAGGCUCUUGGUAUGCUGUUCUGGCACAAACACAACAUAGAGAAGUCCUUGGCUGACCUGCCCAAUUUCACCCCUUUCCCAGACGAGUGGACCAUUGAGGACAAGGUCCUGUUUGAACAGGCAUUUAGCUUCCAUGGCAAGAGCUUCCAUCGCAUCCAGCAGAUGUUACCAGACAAAUCUAUCUCCAGUCUUGUCAAGUACUAUUAUUCCUGGAAGAAGACACGCUCCAGAACAAGCCUUAUGGAUCGUCAGGCCCGUAAACUGGCUAACAGAAGCAAUCAGGAUGACAGUGAGGAGGAGAUGGAGGGGGCAAAUCACACUGAAGCAAAUGAUAGCGACUAUGAUCCAAACAAAGAUACCAAGAAAGAGAACAUGUCCGAGCUGGCUGUUUGCUCCAAGGCAGCUUUAGGGCGACGUGAGCACCAGACCCUGCAGCACCGACAUCACCAGCGCUCCCGUUGCCGCCCCCCCAAAGGCAUGUACCUUACGCAAGAGGACGUAGUGGCUGUAUCCUGUAGUGCUUCUGCUGCUAACACACUCCUUCGUCAGCUGGACAUGGAGCUGGUGUCCCUUAAGAGACAGGUAGAAGGCGCUGCAACAAACCUUGUUUUCUCACUGACUCCUCACAAACCCUUUACUGGCUAAAAUAUCAGCCAGAGG